UAAGUGUUGGCUGAGGAGAGGCCAAUGGAAUUGAAACUGAAGUAGUCCGUGCCCUUUGCCUUGGCUUCUGACAGAAAGGCUUUAGAAUCAGAAGGCAGCACCCUUACUGGAAGCAGUGAGGGAGGUCCCCCCAGUCUCCAGCUAGAAGAAUCCAGGACAUCUGAGAGAUGGAGAAAAGAGAACUAAAGGUUUCUGUGCCAAAAUUUGACAAGAUCCCUUGGCUUAGUGAGGCCAGCCGCAGCAACAAGCCACUGGUGCUCAGCCUUCCCAAAAGAUCUCCUCACGCCUCUGCAUUUCUGGUUUCAUCUAAGAAGGAUACGCAUUUGCCUAUUUUGUUUCAAGUUCCAGAUGUCUUAUCUAAGGCCAGGAGGGACAAGAGUAACCCCAUGCUGAUCAGAAGCAAGCAGCUAUGCUCCACAUGUCAAGAAAUAAAAAUGGUACAACCAAGAACUUUGAUAAUCCCUCAUAAUCUGAAGCUAUCCUUUGAGAAUUUAAUGAGUCAUAGAAUGAUGAGUCUUCCUCCACCAAAAGCCAAGACUGAAUCCAAACAUUCCUGUAAUGACAUCUCAACAGAGUCCAUCCAAGGGCAGCAGUCUUGGAGGAGGACUUCAGGGAGAGUGCUUACAGAGCUGGCUAUGAGCUAAAGCCUGGUAGACCUACUGUGACAUCUCUAAGCUUCACUUCGGUUAUUCUAACCUUCCCCAAGGUGUUUGUAAAAGCACCAGCCUAGAAGCAACGAGGCCUGGCUUCAGCGCCUCGGCUUGCUGUACAGGACUGGCCAAAUUGUUUAAACGGUCUGGGCCUCUGUGUUCCCACCUGUAAAACCAGAGAAGCGUUCUGCCUGCCCACCACCUCGCCCCUGCGCCUGAGAGUCAGACACUCAGUACAAGCAGCCUUCACCUUUGAUCAGCCCAGAACAACUGCUGACAGGGCUCUGGCCCCAGCAGUUUAUAAAGCUGAGACGCGUCCCUGCCAAAGCGCUUGCUGCUUGCUGCUGAAGCUGCCGCCCGCCUGUGUGACACUGCCUGUGGAAACGCUCCAAGUGCCAGAAGGCUGACUCAUCCCCGUGAACGUUCCUGCCGGUCACUGCCUAACUCUUCUCAUCGAUGACAACCGCGACUUCUAGUAUUUUUCUGGAGUCAGCUAACCUUUAUAUGUUAUCAGUAAUUAUCGGUAAGAACCAAGUAAACGGAAAGAGCCUAUCUCUCUAAGUGAUGGGGAUUUCUUCUAGUUCGCUUACAUUGACUCUGGCGUUUCAUGACACAGGCUCUUGUUGUCGUUAAACAUUGGUAGAGAUGCAAACCCCCUGAGUUGGCCGACCACCUGGCACAGUGAGGGGACACUGAACUAGGACUAAAGAGAGCUGGAUUCUGGCCCUCAGUCCAUCAGUGCCUGUGACCCUGGACCUCUGUUUCCUCAUUCCAGUGACGAGACUGAACGGAUCCUAGGUCUGUGGUCUUGUGACAUCUCUUAGCUCUCACUCAGCUGGAGCGAGGAGCUUUCCAGAGAAUUCAGGACUCCUAAGUCCCUUGCAUUCAGUGACUUCCAAUAGAAAGAUGUUAUUUCAUGCACUAAUUUACUCUCCUUCAAGCAAUGUGUCUUUUGGAAAAGUUGAAGAUUAACCAACUUUUUUGUAACUAGAAUCAUGUUUGAAGAAGAGGUCAGGAUGAUGAGGAAUUUAAGGAACCCUAAAUUAAAUCAUUUCAUAAAAUGAAGGUUCGUUUUGACAUGCAAGUACUAUUGCAACUUUUUGUAAGAUCAUGUGAGUCUGUUUGUUUGAAGACAGAACCAUAUAAGUGUCCCUGAAAAGUCUUCUAAGCAUCGAAUCCUCUUUUCCCUUUGACUCACAUUACAACUGCAGACACAUUUUAUAUUCACUUUUUAUUUAAUUGGCCACGACUUUUAAUACUUGAGUUUUGCUUCUAGGUACUCUUUUCUGACCUCCUUGACAAGAUUUGUAGAAGCUUAAAGAUGGUUCUCCUAAAAGGAAUUCUUAUGUGAACUUUGAAUCUGUUUUAUAAGGUUGAACAAAAGCCUUUGGUGACCUUUAGAUACUUUGAAUUUCUUUAAAAAUAGAUUCUAAGAAGCCCUUGCUUUUCCUUCUUCUUGCA